AUGAGCAAAAAUAACAUUUACUUAUAUAGUGUUUGUAAGCAAAUUUUAAAACAUUCGCCUUCUUUAAAAGAACAUACCAUUUAUGCGACUAUAUCUACAUCCAAUAUAUUUAAUGAGAGACAAAUAAAAAUAGUAGAAAACAAGAGUUCACAAGUACCUCAAAAGUUUAUGGGAGAAAGAAUUAAAGAAACAACAAAAAACAUCUCUUAUUUGGGAAUUAUUUUAGUUGGAUUUGGUGUGACUGGGUUUUUAUUUUAUAUUAUAGGCAAGGAACUUUUUUCUUCUAAUACACCAACAUCUAUUUUUUCUAAAGCAUUCAAGAUCAUAAAAACUAAUAAUCAAGUUACUGAUUUGUUAGGCUCACCAUUGAAAGCAUUUGGAGAAGACUCUGGUAGGGGUAGAAGGAGAUUUAUUAACCACGAAAUUUAUAGGACGACCGAUGGCAAUCAAUAUAUGAGGAUAAAAUUUUAUAUAUCCGGCAAUGAUAGUCUGAGGAAAGGAACAGUUUAUGUUGAAUCCUUAUAUAAUCCAACUACAAAAAAUUACGAAUUCAACAAAAUCCUAGUCAAAAUAGGUGGUGGCUAUGGCGAAAAAAUUAUUCAAGUUUUAUGA